AUGGCGGUUGAUUUAUCAUUGAUUAGUGUCACCUUAUAUCAUCUGUGUCCAAUAUUAAUUGUAUUUGGAACACUGGGUAAUUUAAUUAAUAUACGUAUAUUUUUAACAAAGGAAUUGAGACAACAUUCAUGUUCAAUGUAUUUCAUAUUUGAAUCAGCAGCAAGUUUAUUGUAUGUAUGGUUGAUUAUAACAAUCCGAUAUUUUGCUGAAGUAUAUCAGAUGAGUUUUUUUGUUUAUACAACUCAGUCCUGUGGAUUCUACUAUUAUAGUGCCUAUGCCAUAAGACAAUUAUGUUCAUCAUUAUAUGUUCUCGUAUCUGUUGAUCGCUACUUUUCAUCUUCUUCCAAUGUUCGAUUCAGACAAUUUAGUGAAGUGAAAACAACUCGCUAUACAAUACCUAUAGUUAUUCUUACUGCAUUUCUCAUGUACCUGUAUUUGCCUGCCUAUUACAAACUUUCUCGGACUCCGUCGGGUACAUUUGUCUGUUCCAUACCAGAUAGUGCCAUUAAUCAAUUUACUUUGAUGUUCUUUACAACUCUAACAGUAAUAUUAACAACGUUAUUAUUACUUGUAUUUAAUGUAUUGACAUUAAAAAACAUUCGUCGUCAUCGUCAUCAGCUGCAUGUAACAACCAAUAAUUUGAGUUUACACCGCCGACGUGACAGACAGAUGAUAAAAAUCAUGCUAUAUCAAACAUUUCUCUAUCUUUGUUUAUGUUUACCUCAAUUACUCGUAGGCACCUAUGCAUCAUUUAUUACACCAUUAACCAUCACCAUAGCAUUUUUUGCAAAACUCUUUUUAUUUGUCUCAUUUCUUAAUUACGUUUGCCGAUGCUUCGUUAACACAACAGUAGCACCAAUGUACCGACAUGCAUUAUUUAAAUUACUAAAUCGCUGGUGGAAAAAAUUAUUUUGCGAUUCAACACUGAUUGAACGAUAUUUUUUGGUUCAACAGCAUCAACAACGAACACAAUUUACACAAACACGUAUCAACCCAACAAAAAGAAUCUUUAGCGCCACAAGUGGUGUACAGGUGCGCACCAUCGUCGAAUGA